AUGCAAUUAUUCGGUUCAAACAAAUUUGCACUUUUACCAUCUUUAUUGGCCUUAGCCUCAAAGGUUCUUGCUGACUCGACAAUUUUUGAACUAUAUGCUGAUUCUGACGACUCCCUGAUAGAUUCCUUACCAAUUGGUAUUUCUGAUGACACUUUAGUUUUGAAAGACGAUAUAACCCCAAUUAAAAUCCAAAUUGACGACAAUGCUCAAGCCUUGGUUCAAAAUACAAAUGUUUAUCUUUCAAAUGAUGAUAGUCAACUAAAUAUUGCAACCUCAGGUUCUACCUAUUUCUAUCUUUAUAACGGAAAGUUUUAUUACAAUGAUUACAACACCUUUGUUGCUUGUUCAGAUUCAGAUUCAGAUUCUUAUACAAUUUAUGUUAACGAUGGCAUUCAAAAAUGUUCAAACCAGAUCUCUCUUUCUUUAAUUCCUAAAUCAAUUUCUGGUUCAACUGUCGACUCAUUUGUCCCAGAAGUCUUGACUGCUUCUUCAACUAAUAAUCAACCUGUGUCCACUAUCACAGGCGCUGUUUCCACCAUUUAUUCCUCUGGUUAUGUUGUCUCAACUGUCACAACAACAAUCUUAGUUCCAGUCACAUCAACCUAUACUUCAAAAGGAAAAGAUACUUUAUUAGUUGUCACCACUUACACCGAAACCAUUGAAACAACCUCUUGUAUCACUUCAAUUGAAACCUCUAUGAUCAUCUCCACUGUUUCCACUGAACUAAUCACUCACACUUCUUGUCUUGAAACUGAAUGUUUAGUUAACGUUUCUUCAACUUAUAUUGCUGAAGUCGAUGAAUCUACCACUGUUCCUGUUUCAAAGACUGAUACGGGCUUUGUUUUUACUUUAACUGCUACCGAAACUGAAACUGAAACUGAAACUGCUACUCAAACCGGCUUGAUUCCAAGUGGUACCACUACUCCAGCCUCUGAUGGAGAAACUAGUUCUGGUUUUAUUUUCAAUACUGUUACUGGAACACUCCAAACCGUUGUUACAUCUGAAUCUUCAACCACUGCUAGAAGAACCGGUUCUGCCAGUUAUAUUGAAAUUGAUGGAAGUUACAUCUUUUACCCAGUUAACCCAACCUCAACCGAUUUACAAGCUGCUUCCACUUCUGCUUCUGAAACCCAAACUGGAUUUGCUUUAGAGAAUUUUUUUGAAAACAGUGGUUCUCAUGGUAUCCAAAAAUUCUCAAUAAUGUCUGCCUUAAUUGGAUUUUCUUUAAUGUUAAUUUAA